GUUCGCUGCAGAUAUUCUUCCUUCAGCGAAGCGCUGCCUGUAAGAAUCCCGACGCUGUGUGUUUUGACACUGACAGCGAAGGCAGCCUAUUUCACAUACAUGUACACAACAGGACAACCCGCUAUUUGAUUCAAACCGACUAAAGAUUAUCCUCCUCCUCCGCGGCGGAAAUUCGGAGAAACAAAAAACAAGCCGCUGGCAGACCGACUACAGACGGAUGCAAUUCCCAGCAGCAGUGGCGAGUUAGAUGGAGAAACAGAAGGUGGACGAGUCGCUGUCGUAAAUAAUUAAAUAUCCAGACAUCUGUUGAAGCUAAAAUAAGGGGAAAAUGCAUCUCCACCAGGUGCUAACGGGAGCUGUGAACCCCGGUGACUGCUGCUAUUCUGUGGGGAGCGUCAACGACAUUCCUUUCACCGCCUAUGGUUCAGGCUGUGAUAUAGUGAUCUUGGCCAGUGAUUUUGAGUGUGUUCAGAUCAUCCCUGGGGCUCAAAAUGGCAACAUCCAGGUGGGCUGUGUCGAGUGCUCCCACCAGCUGGGCAGGAUUGCAGCGUCCUAUGGGAACACAGUGUGUAUCUUUGAACCAUUCGCUACCAACCCAAACAAACGCCACAAGCAGCUUAACUACCAGUGGCAAAAGACAGGACAGUUCUUCCUUAAUGCUAUCACCUAUAACCUGGCCUGGGACCCACAAGGGAAGCGUAUUCUGGCAGCUACAGAGCGCCUGCAGCUGUGGGCCCCUCCGUCAGCACACACACUGAUAGAGGAGGAGGAUGGACCCAUGACCGAUGACAAACCUCACCCUGCCCUCAACGACUGGAAGUGUGUCUGGCAGUGCAUGACUGCAAUGUCUGUUCACAUCACCAAGUGGUCUCCUGAUGGGGAAUACUUUGCAACAGCCGGCAAGGAUGACUGUCUGUUGAAGGUGUGGUACCCCACCACUGGGUGGCGCUCUUCUGUGGUGCUCCCAGACCUCCCAGAUAAGAAAGGCCCUCAGGUCCACUUCUCCUUCAUAUACCUGGCCCACCCCCGCUCUGUCACCGGCCUGUCCUGGAGGAAGACCAGCAAAUACAUGCCCAAGGGUAGUGUGUGUAAUGUGCUGUUGACGUCGUGUGAGGACGGUGUGUGUAGGUUGUGGUCUGAGACGGUCCUGCCAGAGGACAGUAUCCUGGGUGGUCAGAUCACUGACAACACAUACAGUUCCAGCCUGCCAGGCCUGGGGGGCAAGGACAAGAUUCAACAUGCCCUGGAGUCGAUGAGCCACCUGAAGCACCUGCGUCGUGGUCGUCGGAGGUCGUCUGCCCUGGUGUCUCACACUGAGCUGCUGCCGUCUCAGAUGGGGACCCACGAGACACACACACACCGCCACAUCUCUCACCACGCUAACGCUCUCUGUCACUUCCACAUCUCUGCCAGCAUCAACCCUGCCACGGACAUCCCAGCGGUGCUAGCGGAGUCUGCCGUGUUUACUCCGGAGGAUGGGAGUGGAGGAGGAGGGUUUGUGGUCCACUGGCUCAACAACAAGGACCUGUCCUUCACCACCUCCAUGGACCUGUUCAUGCUGCAGCUCCGCAAGCUCUCAGAACAGCAGCUGGACCAAGCCACCGACGACGCCCUCGACCAGAACGGCUCCCCCAUUAAGUUUGACUUUGACCUAGAUGAGAUGUCAGAGAAGGGUUCAUCAGAGCAUGGUGAGGAGGGUGAGGGUGGUGAGGGCAGCACCAAGGCGUCGUCCCCAGGCUCCAGUAGCUCGGUGCCCCUGCCCUCCAUGUUGCUGGAGAGGAAGAUGGAGGCGUUAACUCUGGAGUGGAAUAAGAGUCCUGACAUGCUGUUUACCAUCCACCCCACCGACGGGUCCUUCCUGGUCUGGCACGUCAAAUACCUGGACGAGUACAUCCAAGGGAUCUUCAGACAGGUGCAGGUGUCGUUCUCGUCCCGUAUCCCGGUGGCGUUCCCUACAGGCGACGCCAACUCCCUGAGUAAGAACAUUCUGAUGUACGCCUGCUCCUUCUCCAACGUGGAUAUCUCCAACGCCGGGGAGGAGCAGGGGGGGGGAGCCCGCCGUUUGCCCCGUUCUGCCUCUGCUGGGCUGGGUUCCUCAGCUGUCAUGAUGGUGUCCAAACAUGUGGACGGGUCUCUAAAUCAAUGGGCGGUGACGUUCGCCGAGCGCUCGGCGUUCUCCAACGUUCUAACCGUGUCUCAUACGUUCCGUUACUGCGGUCACCGGUUCCACCUCAACGACCAGGCGUGUCACACCGUCCUCCCCCUACUGCUGACCUCCUCCCACCACAACGCUCUCCUCACCCCCCCCUCCGCCCCCGGCAGCAUCGACCUCGACCAGCCACCCACACACACACCUCCCCCCAGAGGACGGCGCAGGAAGCAGCUGCGUAACGCGGCCACCAGGACCUUCCAUGACCCGAACGCCAUCUACAGUGAGCUGAUUCUGUGGAGGGUGGACCACAUAGGACCCCUGUCCUGCACUGGAGGGGUGUCAGAGCUGGCCCGCAUCAACUCCCUACACACAUCAGCCUUCUCCAAUGUAGCAUGGCUGCCUACCCUGGUACCCAGCUCUGUGCUAGGUACGUACUGUAACAGUUCCAGUGCGUGCUUCGUAGCGUCAGACGGUAACAACUUGCGUCUCUACCAGGCUGUGGUGGACGCCAGGAAACUACUGGACGAACUGUCAGACCCUGAGACCUCAAAACUAGUAGGAGAGGUAUUUAACAUAGUGAGCCAGCAGUCGACAGCCAGACCAGGCUGCAUCAUAGAACUAGAUGUCAUCACUAACCAGUGUGGAUCGACCACCCAGCUCCUUCAUGUCUUCCAGGAGGACUUUAUUUUGGGGUAUAAACCUCAGGAGGACCCAGAGCUCUACACUACAUCCUACCCUUCUACUGAGGAGUACCACCCUACUCCGUUCUCUGAGAAGUUCUUCCUGGUUGUCAUAGAGAAGGACCUGAACAUGAACUCUGUGCUGCAGAUGUGGCACCUGCACCUACAGUCCAUGCAGGCCUGUGUGGAUGAUCCGGUCCCAGAGAGGUCGUACCAGUCUCAGCUGACGAUCCCAUUCCAACAGAGUACAGCUGACACAUCCUCCUCCCCUCUCCCCCGCUCAGCCUCCACAGCUAACCUGCAGUCAGCCAGCAAACUGAUCCUCAGCUCCAAGCUGGUCUGUAGCCACCGCCUGGACCUGCCUGUUGGGGUGGAGGUGACUAGGGCUACACCCUCCGCAGGUCACCUGAGUUCGUCGUCCAUCUACCCUGUGUGUCUGGCCCCCUACCUGAUCGUCACCACCUGCUCUGACUCCCGCGUCCGGUUCUGGCGCUGCUCUGUGGAGGGGGAGAGCAGGGUCUAUCACUGGGAGCCCUGGGCUCUACUCAACGAGGAGGAGGAUAACAACAGUGCUGUGUGUGUCCCGGGACGUCCUGUAGCCGUGUCCUGUUCCUACACUGGACGACUGGCUGUGUCCUUCAAACAGCCCCGGCCCGGACACAUCCCGGGACAGAGCCAUGGUCCAGCAGGGGACUUCUCCAUGCACGUGUCCAUCUUUGAGUGUGAGUCUACGGGGGGGUCUGAGUGGGUGUUGGAGCAGACCCUCCACCUGGAUGACUUCACUAGGCCCUCCUCUACCCUGGACCCUGGAGUCAGUGUAGACUCCAACCUCUUUGUGUACAGCAGGUCUGACCUGUACAUGAGUCGCGACCACCACUCUCCCAACAUCAAACACUACGUCCACCUGGACUGGCUGUCCAAAGAGGACGGGUCUCAUAUCCUCACGGUGGGGGUGGGAUCCAAUAUCCUCAUGUACGGUCGCAUCUCGGGCGUGGUCAAUGAACAGACCGCAAGCAAGGACGGGGUGGCGAUCAUCACCCUACCUCUAGGGGGCAGCAUCAAACAGGGUAUCCGUUCACGCUGGAUCCUGCUGCGCACUGUGGACCUGCUCUCCUCUGUAGACGGCACCCCCUCCCUGCCCGUGUCCCUGUCCUGGGUGAGGGACGGCAUCCUGGUGGUGGGUAUGGACUGUGAGAUGCACGUGUACGCCCAGUGGCGCCAGGACCACAAGCCCGGCGAGGCCGAGGGGGACAGCCUCUCCUCUGAAGAUAACAUCGCCGGGGGGGGUUGCUCGUCGGCGUUCAAGGGGCGCGCCCGGUCCAAGAGUGUGUUUGAGGGCAACGUGGCAAUCGACGAGGCUCUCCAGGCGCCGGCGGGGCUGCAGGAGGGGGGUCUGUUCGAGGCAGCCCACUCCCUGUCCCCCACCCUGCCUCAGUACCAUCCAACACAGCUGCUGGAGCUCAUGGACCUGGGGAAGGUCCGCCGCGCCAAGGCCAUCCUGUCCCACCUGGUGAAGUGUAUCGCUGGGGAGGUGGCUGUGGUGAGGGACGUGGAGGCAGGUGAGGGUGGAACCAGACGCCACCUGUCCCGGACAAUCAGUGUGAGCGGCAGUACGGCUAAAGACACCAUCGUGGCCGGUCGCGACGGGGGACGAGAUUACACAGAAAUCAACUCCAUUCCCCCUCUACCCCUCUACGCUCUGCUCUCUGCUGACCUGGACACCUCCUAUAAGGGAGGAGAGGAGGGGGCGAAGGGAGGGAAGGUGGCCGAGGUAGAGGGGGCGAGGAAGACAGGAGGAGAUCAGUACACAGACCUGUUCCAGUUGCAGGCGGUGACGACAGAUGACUUUGUGAGCUUCGCUACAGAGAAAGUAGAGAAGAAGUCUAGAUUCAUCAACCUGUCUCAGUACGGACCCACCUACUUCGGACCAGAACACGCACAGGUGUUAUCUAGUCAGCUGAUGCAUUCCAGUCUUCCAGGUCUGACCAGGUUGGAACAGAUGUUUCUGGUGGCUCUAGCUGAUACUGUAGCUACCACCAGUUCAGAGGUCAGCAGCUCCACUGACAAACAGUACACAGGUGGUGAGGCCCUGGAUGAGUGUGGGUUGAGGUACCUGUUAGCCAUGCGUCUACACACCUGUCUCCUCACCUCUCUACCCCCACUGUACCGCAUGCAGUUGCUGCACCAAGGUCUGUCUACGUGUCACUUUGCGUGGGCGUUCCACUCGGAGGCUGAGGAGGAGAUGUUGAAUAUGAUCCCGGCCAUGCAGAGAGGAGACCCUCAGUGGUCUGAGCUACGGGCUGUAGGGGUGGGCUGGUGGAUACGCAACAUCAACACACUACGCAGGAUGGUGGAGAAGGUGGGUAAAGCAGCGUUCCAGAGGAACAACGAUCCUUUAGAUGCAGCUCUGUUCUACCUGGCCAUGAAGAAGAAGGCUGUUCUCUGGGGCCUGUUCAGGUCUCAGCGUGAUGAGAAGAUGACGGUAUUCUUUAAGAAUAACUUCAGUGAGGACCGCUGGCGUAAAGCAGCUCUGAAGAACGCUUUCUCUCUGCUGGGGAAACAGCGCUUUGAACAGGCUGCUGCCUUCUUCCUGCUGGCUGGCUCCCUGAAAGACGCCGUCGAGGUGUGCUUGGAGAAGAUGGAGGAUAUCCAGUUGGCCAUGGUAGUAGCCAGGCUGUACGAGGCUGACUAUGAGAGCAGUUCCACCUGUCAAGCCAUCCUGUAUGAGAAGGUUUUGGGCUGUCAGAGGGACGGGUCGGGCUACCACUGCACCAAACUACACCCGGACCCAUUCCUACGCAGCAUAGCCUUCUGGAUCAUGAAGGACUACACCAAGGCCCUGGACACGCUGCUAGAGUGCAUCCCCAAAGAGGAUGAUGAGAACCCAGAUGUGAUGGUGAAGUCGUGUAACCCAGUGGUAUUUAGUUUCUAUAACUACCUGAGGACACACCCCCUGAUCAUCCGCCGCCACUACGCGUCCCCAGAGGGUGCUGUGACAUCAUCACUAGGCCUCACCUCGGAGAAGAGCAGCGUCGACGAGAUCAACCUCAUCGAACGCAAACUCUUCUUCACCACCGCCAACGCACACUUCAAGGUGGGCUGUCCAGUGCUUGCCCUGGAGGUGCUCUCUAAGAUCCCCAAGGUGACCAAGAAGUCAGUCUCCUCGUCCCCCCUAAGUAAAGGCUCUUCCAUGGCCAACGUCAGCUCUAGCCUGCCCCUGGAGAAUGGGAACCAAGGGGCCCUGGACUGGGCCUCUCCUGCCCCAGUUAAGGCCAAUCCUGCCUGGGGUACAGAGGAGAGCUCAGCCACACUGGACUGGAGUCAGCCUCUGGUCAAAUUGGAGGACGAUGGACUCCAGCUGGACUGGGGAGAUGAUAAGAACGAUGAUGAAGAUGAUGAUGAUGAUGGUGGUCUGACAAUGAAGAAGACUGAUGUGGAGACCAAAGCUGACGAGGGGUCUGGGGGGGUGAGACCACCUGGGCUGCAGAGAGAGGACUCUCAGGGUGAGUCUGAGGUGGACGUGAUCGCAGAGCAGCUGAAGUUCCGAGCGUGUCUGAAGAUUCUGAUGACAGAGCUCAGGACGCUAGCUACAGGCUAUGAGGUGGAUGGAGGGAAGCUGCGCUUUCAGCUCUACAGCUGGUUAGAGAAGGAGAUAGGAGCCAUGCACCGCAUCUGUAACUACAAGGUGGCGGGGAAGGAGGAGAGCCAGGAGCUGGAGAGAUGGGAGGAUGGAGGAGGAGUAGAGGACGUGUUUGAGGAGUCCCUGGGGGGUGGCGGGGGUACGGAGGCGGGGGCGUAUGAGCGCCACCAGCUGGGGCGUAGGCGUCUUGCAGCCAAGCAGCUUCAUGCUGAGAGAAGGAAGGCGUGGCUGAGGAAGAACCAGGCUCUGCUCCGGGUCUUCCUGUCCUACUGCAGCCUGCAUGGAGCCAAGGGAGGGGGGGUCACCUCGGUACGCAUGGAGCUCAUCUUCCUGCUGCAAGAGAGCCAACAGGAGACUACAGUGAAACAGCUCCAGUCCCCCCUGCCCCUCCCCACCACCCUCCCCCUCCUCUCAGCCAGUAUCGCCACCACCAAGACGGUGAUCUCCAACCCUGUCCUCCACCUCAGCAACCACAUCCAUGACAUCCUUCACACCAUCACACAGAUGGAGCUGCCUCCACACCCUGAACUCAUGGACGACAGGGUGAAUCUCCUGCACACCCUGGCUGCCUCUCUGUCUGCCUGCAUCUAUCAAGCCCUGUGUGACAGCCAUAGCUACAGCAGCCAGGCAGAGGCCAAUCAGUUUACAGGGAUGGUGUACCAGGGUCUGCUGCUGAGUGAGAGGAGACGGCUACGCACCGAGAGCAUCGAGGAGCACGCUACACCCACCUCUGCCCCCGCGCAGUGGCCAGGUGUGUCCUCUCUGAUUGCUCUGGUCCAGUCAGCCCAGGGCGAGGAUCAGCCCAAGCUCAACGUGUUGCUGUGUGAGGCUGUGGUGGCAGUUUACCUGUCCCUGCUCAUCCACGGGCUGGGCAUGCACGCUGGCAACGAGCUGUUCCGCCUCGCUGCUCACCCCCUCAGCAACAAGAUGUGGGCGGCCGUGUUUGGGGGUGGUGCUAAAAUCAUCAUCAAACCCAAACGGAACGCCGAGAUCACUCCAGCCGUGCCAGCCCCUCCCCCGGCAGAGGAUGUAGACAGACUCAGACGAAGGUUUAAUAUGAGGAUGCUGGUUCCUGGUCGUCCAGUAAAGGAAGUCCCUGCCACCCCCCCUCCCGUCCCUGCAGAGAGACCCGCCUACAGGGAGAAGUUCAUUCCUCCAGAGCUCAGCAUGUGGGACUACUUUGUGGCCAAACCCUUCCUGCCCCUGUCAGACAGUGGAGCUCUGUAUGACUCAGAUGAGAGCGGAGCGGAGGAUGACGAUGACGAUGAUGAUGAUGCCUUCCUCUCUGACACGCAGAUGACUGAACACUCUGACCCCAACUCAUACAGUUGGUCUCUGAUCCGUCUGGUCAUGGUGAAACUGGCUCUACAUAACGUCAAGACCUUCCUUCCUCUCACUGGACUGGACUUCACAGACCUGCCGGUGACGUCUCCUCUGGGGAAUGCUGUACUGAAGACACUAGAGAACUGGGAGACCAUACUCCAGGAGAGGAUGAACAAGUUUGAUGGUCCUCCUCCCAACUACAUCAACACCUACCCCACUGACCUCAGCACAGGAGGGGGGCCUGCCAUACUGAGACACAAGGCCAUGCUGGAGCCUGACAACACACCUUUCAAGAAUAAGAACCACAUUUCGUUCCCUGCGAGGCGUCUCUGGCACUACCUGGUGAAACAGGAAGUUCUUCAGGAGACUCUGAUUCGCUAUAUCUUCACUAAGAAGAGGAAGCAGAGCGAGUGUGUUGAAGGCUUUAUGGAUCUCCUCAGCCCAAACUGUGUAUCUGGAGCUCUCAGGUUCAACAAGGUGGAGGGAGACUUAGGCUACCCAGGAAGGAAUGCUAAGAUCAUCCACAAGGAGUCUGACAUCAUCAUGGCCUUCGCCAUCAACAGGGCUAACACCAAUGAGAUAGUGCUGGCGUCCACUCACGAUGUGCAGGAGGUUGAUGUGUCCACUCUUCUAGCUGCUCAGCCCUACACCUGGAUAGGAGAGGACUUUGACAAGGAGUCACACAGUUCUGAUGACGUGGACUACCGUUCUUCCCACACUAACGUUGCCCAGGCCUCCUCUACCCCGUCCCACUUCAACCCCAAAGACAUGGCAGCCUCUGCAUCCAUGCCCUGGCUGGGGAGUGGGCAGACCAGCAUGGGGGCUUGUGUGAUUAUGAAGAGGAACCUGAACAAUGUGAAGAGAAUGACCUCCCACCCCAUAUUCCAGUACUAUAUGACUGGGGCUCAGGACGGCAGUGUCCGUAUGUUUGAGUGGAACAGGCCACAGCAACUCAUCUGCUUCAGACAGGCAGGCAACGCCAGAGUCACACGCCUCUACUUCAACUCACAGGGAAACAAGUGUGGUGUAUCAGAUGGAGAAGGCUUCCUCAGUCUGUGGCAGGUCAACCAGACCUCCUCCAACCCCAAGCCCUACGUGAGUUGGCAGUGCCACACUAAGACCUGUGGUGAUUUUGCCUUCAUCACUUCCUCCAGUCUCAUCGCAACGGCAGGACAGUCCAACGACAGCAGAAAUGUAUGCCUGUGGGACACUCUUGUUUCACCUAGUAACACCAUGGUGCAUGCCUUCCCGUGCCAUGAGAACGGUGCAACGGUGUUGCAGUACGCUCCCAAGCAGCAGCUGUUGAUCUCGGGAGGCAGGAAGGGCUUUGUGUGUGUGUUUGACAUCCGACAGAGACAGCUGCUACACACCUUCCAGGCCCACGACUCAGCCGUCAAAGCCCUGGCGCUCGACGCCUCUGAAGACUUCUUCGUAACCGGCUCAGCUGAGGGGAACAUGAAGGUAUGGAAACUGGCAGGCCAUGGCCUCAUGCACUCGUUUAGCACAGAGCAUGCCAAGCAGUCCAUCUUCCGGAACAUCGGAGCGGGCGUCAUGCAGGUGGAGACCCGCCCCGGCAACCGCAUAUUCACCUGCGGCGCCGACGGAACCCUCAAGAUGAGGGUUCUACCCGACCGCUACAACAUCCCCUCUAGUAUCUUCGACAUUCUGUAGACCGCAAACCACUUCCUGUACUGUCUGUAGAGAGGUCAUCUGAUUGGUUAGUGGUUGAACGUUGAAAUGAUAACCAAACAUCUUGUAGAAACGUAAAUACCUGAAAGUGGUAUGUCUGAAUGGCGGUGGAUAGGAAGGAGUAAGGUUGAAAGAUUAACCAAACUUUCUUUCACUAGUAUAACAUUGUGUAGAGAGCCUAGACUUGUGUGAGAGAGACGAAGAGAGAUCGGGGUAAAGGUUUACAGAUAGAUCACUAAGUAUAUUACACUACUGGAUAGGCUGGUUGAGAGGGCUCUAAUGGUAUGAGUGACGCAGAGGUGAAAUGUUGAGAGAUGACCAAGGUUUCAGCAGCUUUGAGAGAGCGACAAAGAGUGUACGGUACGGUAUGACUUUACCUAGCGGAAAUCGUAUCAGAAAAGUUCAAUUGAGCUGUGAAUAUUUUUUUCUUUCCCAAAGCCUAAAAGCGUGUUUUAAAACGUAAAAACAACAGGUUCCAUACUUGAUUUUAACAGUUAGAUUUCCUGUCGUUUUAAAAGCGGCUGCUGGACGUUUAUGAGUGUGUCAGUCCAUAUGAAAGCUAUGCAUGACUUCCUGUUCUGGUUUUAAGCGGUGCAAUCUCACGGUUUAUUGAUAUGAUAGUGCUCUGUACAAGUGCUCAAAACUCUUAAAGUGUCUAUCUGUUGUCAUUUUGUGCCCAUAAGCUGAACAAGUCUCUUAGCGUCUACAUUUAACCAGCACUGUGGUUCCUUUAGUCAGUCAGUCAGUGGUCUGGUGUGACUCUAAAGUUGUUGGAUCUGCAUUUUGUUGAAAUGGUUUCAUCCUCUUCAUUCCCUGGCUAAUCUCACUGUUAAUGACAAAGUUUAAUGGCACAUUAUCCCCAUAGUGACCCCAUCCCAUAACACUGGCUGCCCAGUGACUCGCUAGCCUACUCCAUCGAUAGAUCUGUUGAUUGAUUGAUCCUAGCUAUGUGAUCACCUCUCUGUAUCUGCGGCCUGCCUGCCGUCAAAAGCCUGUUUGUGCGGCAGCAGCGGCCUCACUGCUAGAACAUUGUGUUUGGAAGAUGGUGUGUUUUGAUCCUGUGACUGUGUGUAGUCUAUAUGUCUCAUCUGUCUGUUCCACACUGAAUACCCCCCCCCGGAAGAAAGAAACACAUGGGGUCUGUUAUGUUCUGUAUGGGUCUGUUAUGUUCUGUAUGGGUCUGUUAUGUUCUGUAUGGGUCUGUUAUGUUCUGUAUGGGUCUGUUAUGUUCUGUAUGGGUCUGUUAUGUUCUGUAUGGGUCUGUUAUGUUCUGUAUGGGUCUGUUAUGUUCUGUAUGGGUCUGUUAUGUUCUGUAUGGGUCUGUUAUGUUCUGUAUGGGUCUGUUAUGUUCUGUAUGGUUCUGUUUUUGCACACUUAUUUGUUUUUGGUUGGUUGGUUGUUUCUUUGCAGGCUGUUGUUAUUUGUGUUGGACUUUUUGGCUUUUACUUUAGGAAUGUAAGGGGUUAAUACUGUAUUUUACUGGGACAUAGUGCAACAUGGCAUAGGUUUGUGUUUGGUGAUACUACUGUGCUGUAUUGUUUUUACAAACCUUAUUGAAUAGAUAUUUGCACUCAAAUCUGGGGACACUAAAAGUUUAUUUCAAAACGAAUAGGCUAUGAGAAGAACAAAGAAACUACUGUUACAUACAAAUGAAUGUCUGGCUGUAUUUGGCCUAGUAGUAAAAAGUUAAACAGUUUUAAUAUAUAAAUAUAUGAAAUACCACAGCAGCUUGUACAAACAUGAAAGCGUUUUACUUAAUUUUUUGUUUUGUAUCAUACCGGCUGGAUUAGUUGUAUUUUUUGUUAAAUGUUUGUAUUGUUUUUACUAUUAUACGUAUUAUUAUUAAACAGAUUUGUGUUUCCUUCCCUC